AUGAGGACAGACAGGAAGAUACAAACUUUUAAUGGCAAAAGUACUUUACCUGGUAGGAAUUUGAUGAAGCAUCAACUUGGUGGGGUCAUAUUUGGAUGCACAAGACAUACAAUGAAAGAAUGUUUAUCUAAGCAACUAUUUGGCUUACCAGCUCAACACUUUUCAUAUGUGGAAAAUAUUAAUCCAAAGAUGCCUUUAUUUCUUUUCAACUAUAGUGAUAGGAAGCUUCAUGGAGUUUUUGAGGCAACUAGCAAUGGAAAAAUGUUUAUAGACCCUUAUGCAUGGAUUAGUGAUGAUUAUACUGAUGAAACACAAUAUCCUGCACAGGUAAAAGUUCGUGUUCAAGUUCAGUGUCAUCCAUUAUUGGAAGAUAAAUUUGGACCAAUAAUUAAAGAGAAUUACUAUCUCAAUAAUCAUUUUUGGUUUGAACUAGACCAUAGACAAACAAGCAAGUUAAUGCAUUUAUUUCUAUCUCCGACCAUAGUUACUAAAACACCAAUAUCACAUUCUAAUUCUAACGGCAAAACUGAAUAUUCAUCUCCUCCACGCAAAAUCUUAAAGAAAGAUGAAUUCAACCGACCAUUACGUACUCACCCAAUUAAAAAGGAGAUAAAGCAUGAUGAAAAAAAUCGUGUAUACAAGAAACUAUUAGAAUUUGCUCUUAAAAAGAAAAAUCAAGGUUUAUCUUUGAUAGACAAUGUUAGUGAAGCUCCUAAUGAGAAUGUUAGUGAAGCUCCUAAUGAGAGCGAGACAAAGGAUUACAGAGACGCAUCAUUAAGUUUAAAAAAGAAGGAAGAAAAUUGUCGUUCUUCAUUUGAGAAUCUAUAUACUAUAGUACAGUCGGUGCAACAACGAGUUAAAGAAAGGAAAGCUUUUCAAAAAACCCAGUCGUCGGAGAAUGGUGAUCUAAAACAAAAGCAGGUUUCCUUUGAAAUUCAACAUGUCGAAGAUGAAGAUAUUAUGUCUAGAUUUACAAAUGUGGAGAAGACGAUUAUCCAAUUUUUAUUGUCCAAGAAUGCAACCAAAUCUUUUCAACCAUUGAACUUUGUAGGUAUAUACACUACACAAGUACGAUUGAAAGUUGCUAGUACUAUAAAUGGACAUAAAUGCUUUACAAAUAUUGAGAUCUUUAAUUUAGAUUAUGGAAGGUGGAUCUCUAUAAAUUCAAAUUCAGAUAAGAAAUUUGAUCUUGCUGGAAUGGAACUCAAUGAUUCACUUCAUUUUAAUGGUGGAUAUAAUGGAUUUGACUAUUUGAAGUAUACUAUGCAUGGCAUUGAUGAAUGCACAAGUGUUCCAUAUAUGGAUCUCUUUGAUCCAUGUUUUGAGGCAAGGAUGAAAUUGAUGAAUUGUCUUGAGGAUUUUUCUGAUGCCAAAUAUUUUAAGAAGUCUAUGAGAUUGAGGGAGUCUAAGUUUUUGAAAACUUUUUAA